AUGGCCCUCUAUGGCUGGAAUUUUGCUGCAGCGGCUCCGCUAGACCUCUGUGCCGAAGUGUCUGAAGCGUUCACUAAUUUUGUUUGGAGCACGACUGACAUAACAUACACUAUCACUGUCAUUCCAACAAGCUCCCCGGCUAUCGAAGUUGCAACUCAGCAGACAAACCAGCCUAACCAUCCCUUAUCCGAAACUGGAAGCUUCGAGACCCAAGAGUCAGGAUUCUUGCCUCCUACUUAUUUAGACUCGAAUCCGACGACUUCUCUAGCUCAAAGCCAGAGUCCAAAUCUUUAUUCCUUACACACAACCAGUCCCUUUAAUCAUGAUGGCAGCGGCCACGGUUACAAUGGCCCAUGCUCUGAAUCAAACCCUUGCAAUGGCGAUGUGACAUUUUACGAUACUGCCACUGAUGCAUUUUCGCCCAGUGCAUGCGGAGUAACCAACAAUGGGGAGAGUGACUUAGUUCUUGCAUUGCCACAGGGUAUUAUGACAAGAGCCGAGUGUAGAAGAGCCGUUCAUAUUAACUACAAAGGGAAAAGGCAUACAGGUGUUGUUGUUGAUAAGUGCACCGGAUGUGAUAAUCAGUCUAUUGAUGUUUCCAGGGCUCUGUUCCAGAAGUUAUCUUCAUUGGAAGAGGGUCGCCUGUUUGGUGUAAAUUGGUACAUUGGAUAA